CUCGCGCGCGCACCUGCUGCCUACGCCGCGUUCCCGCAGACGCCGCUCGCCGUUCCCACCAGCGGGUUUUUAUUUUUUGCGCUUCCCAAGCCCGGGGUGCCUGCGUUACUUCCCUUUUCCAAAUGAUGGGGAGCUCGCAUCUCGAGAGAAGGGGACGCCUUGCGAUGCCUGCUUUCUGGACGUGUCUCGGGGAGCGCUGAAUUGGCUGCGCGGGGGCGGGCGGACAGGCGGCCAGGGCAUCACCUGCCACUGCACGGCGGCGUCCUUCUUCGCGCUCCUCCGCGGCGCGGCAGCGGCUUGCCAGCAGUUUGUGUUUGGGCAGCGGUGGCAGCUGUGCUUUGGCGUCGCGUUUUAUUAUUUUGGAGAAGGAACAUAAAACGCCGCAGCGUCGCCCGCUCCUGUUUUGUUCUAAUGGGCGUCGCUGGCCGAGUAGCUGCCUUUAUUUGAACUUUUAUCUCAUCAGCGAGAAUUUUGCGGAAGCUGCCCGGACGAGGCUGGCUCUGCGUUGGCCUCUUCGCUUUAUUUGUGCCCGUGACGUUUCACUUCAUGCCCAAGAGCUGCCCUGUCCGUAGGCGCACAAGGUGAGGUGAUGAUGUAGGGCAGCUGGCCAUGCGAGACGGAGGGCGGCCGCGAGUUUGACAUCAGGCUCGACGUAACGAGGACCGGAGGAGCGCAGGCGGAGCGAAGGCAGGAACGUCCAAGACGAGCGUGCGGGGGACCACUGCCCGCCAUCCAGAUGCAAACAUGAACCCAGCGUCAGAAGAACCAAAAAAACAAGCCCCAUGCGACCGCUUGACAGCUGACCUCGAUGCCGUCAGUCAAUCUCGAAGAUCUCCUAAACAGGGGCGUGCAGACAUACCAUCUUUUGCUCUUCAUGAACCAAAGCAAAGAAAGGCCAAAGGAAACAGUGGACCAAAAAUACCAACUGGAUUAUCUUUGGCGAUUGCUGCAGAUGAAGAAUCUCCUGAUGCUUGCAGAUUUGGACAGGGACUUUCUCCUACCAGCGCUUACAUCUCUCCCAGCUCCAGCAGGCCAAGGUCACCUGUACACGCUGGGGAUCCCGUGAAAUCAGCAGAUUCUUUAUUAAAGGGUCCUGGUGUUUCCAGCCCUACUGGUUUUAGUUCAUCAUUAAAAACAAUCCAGAAUCCAACUUUUGCCACUUCUGGUAAAGUCCAUGCCGCACCAGUCAGAUCCCCGAGUACGCCAACAAGUCCCAGUGUACCUGAGCUUGCAGGAGAGGCGUCGUUCAAGUCUGCAGUAUAUGCUCUCGGUAUCCAAUAUCCAGAGUCUUCCACUUCAGGAAAGCACGGCGACCUGAAGAUGAAAGAAGCGACGGAGCCAAUGGGGGAGAAUGAGGACGACGACUUUAGGAUUCACAUUGUAACCUGGAACGUGGCAGCAGCCACCCCUCCUGAUGACAUCACAUCCCUCCUGGGUCUCAAUGUGGGCGACGGAAGGACUGACAUGUACAUAAUUGGACUUCAAGAAGUAAACUCCAUGAUCAACAAAAGACUCAAAGACGCCAUCUUUACUGACCAGUGGAGUGAACUUUGUAUGGAUUCCUUGGCGUCAUUUGGAUAUGUUAUGGUCACAUCGCAGCGCAUGCAGGGGGUCCUCCUGCUGAUAUUGGCCAAGUACUAUCAUCUGCCUUUUCUGAGGGACAUCCAGACGGAAACAACAAGAACUGGAUUGGGAGGCUACUGGGGUAACAAAGGUGGUGUCAGUGCCCGGAUGUCGGUUUUUGGCCACAUGGUUUGUUUCCUGAACUGCCACCUGCCAGCCCACAUGGAAAAUUCGGAGCAGCGUAUGGAAGAUUUUGAGAGUAUAUUGCAACAGCAGUUUGACAGCCAAAGUGCCACAAGCAUUCUGGACCACGAUGUUGUCUUCUGGUUCGGAGACCUGAAUUUUCGAAUUGAAGAUUACGACAUGAAUUUUGUGAAGUAUGCUAUUGACAGUAAUAAACUUUCCAUGCUGUGGGAGAAAGACCAGUUGAACAUGGCGAAAACAAUGGAACCGGUGCUGGAGGGCUUUCACGAGGGUGUGCUGCGGUUCCCCCCAACAUAUAAGUUUGACGUGGGCACCAGCAUUUACGACACCAGUGCCAAGAAGAGAAAGCCAGCCUGGACGGACCGCAUCCUUUGGAAGACGAAGAAUCCCGAAUCCAAAGCCUCGACUCCACAGACGGCCUCAAAGCGCCAUUCUGGUGUCCUGCAGGCCGGAGGCUUAGUGGUGAGCCAGCACAGCUAUCGGAGUCACAUGGAGUACGCGGUCAGUGACCACAAACCGGUCUCCUCCAUCUUCACUCUCAAGUUUCCCUACAAGAUAGACGUACCUUUUGUCCAACUGGCAGUAGAGGAUGAAUGGAACGCGGUGUCUGAUGCCAUCGUCAGGUAUAAAAUGGCACAGACCUUUCCUCGCAGUUCUUGGGACUGGAUUGGUCUCUACAAGGUGGGUUUCCGGCAUCAGAAGGACUACGUGAGUUAUGUCUGGGCGAAGCAUGAAGAUCCGGUGGGCACAAACCAGCACUACCAGGUGUCAUUCACCGAGGAGUCCUUGCCUAAAGGCUCAGGGGAGUACAUUUUAGGAUACUACAGUAACAACCUGAGUACCAUUGUGGGAGUAACCGAACCCUUCCAGAUCUCACUUCCCACCUCCAGUCCCAGCAGCAGCCCCUCCGACAGCUCCGAGUACAGUUCUGAAGACGACAGUACCCUGGUUUUGCUCAGAACCAAAUCUAGGAGCCCCAGUCCGGGAAAAGCAAGGCAGCGAGGACGACGAAGUAGGAGCCGCAGUCCAGUGCUACCCAAACUCCAAGGCCUUAAUCUACGACCAAAAUCCAGAGACAAGAGCAAAGGCCGCAGCCCUUCUCCUCGUGCGGGGCACGGAAGUAAAAGAGAACGCCUUGUACCUGAGCCAGAGGCACCGGUCAGCAUGGCGGCCCCUCCAUCACGCAGCAGUGGUCACAGCAGACCUGGCAUUGAGGUCACCACCCCUGAACCCAAUGAGAGGAACAAAGUGGUGAUGAGGAAAACGCCCGAUGGUGCACUGGCACCGUCAGACAACUCCAAGGACGUGGGAUUGUGACAUGGGGGCAGAAUUCCACACUCGUACAGUAGAGAGACGGGACAGUUCAGUCCAUUCCUGUGUGAACUCCAACCUCUCCAGUGUCUCCGUCACUGACUUUGGACCCAUCAUGUCUGAUUCCCCAGUACUCUCUCCUGUCUUCUUAUGUUAUCGACGUCAACUGGUACUUUAGGCUACGCUCACAUUACCAGGCUCAGGUGACUCAAGCACCAUUGUUUUUGCCCAAUACGACACAAAUCUGAUGUUUUCAGGGCUGUGUGGACACAAAAACCCAGAUUGGAGUCACCUGUGACACGAAUGACAAGUCGGACUGAGGGCCAUCAUCAUCAGCCAGCACCGGCUGGGCCAUAACUCAACAAUGGAGGAGGCCUAUGGGUGUGACAACAGUCGCAGUCCUACCACUGCUGCCUCCUUUCUCUUGCCCACACAUCUCUUGGUAAGGUAGUGCCAGCCAGAGCUGCCCAAUUUUUUUCUGAACUGGCUCAUGAACACCUGACAAACCGUUUGCUGUCCUCCAGAGCAAAAUGUGAUGCUUACACCAGCUAGCAGCACAUCCACUGGGGCCGUUUUAAUACCACAAAUCGUCUCACAAAUGUGUUGGUUUUUGUUGUUGGUGACACAGAUGACUCGAGCACAAACAUAUCAAUGUGUACGUCAGUGGACAGACACGUUAGAAACAUCUAGAAGGGCAAAAAAAAAGGGAAUUGAGCGAUGUGACUUGUAAUGUGAACGUAGCGUUAGUGACCCGAGUGUCACUUUACAGAUCACGUCAUCUCCUCCUGCACUCCGCAUCAACAGACUGUGAAGCAACAAGAGCCUCGCCAGUGCUGGCGUCACCACCGAUGGUCACCUGUUAGGACUGGUGAAGCUCAAUAGACCCUUUGUGUACAAUGCUGUAUUUUGGUUGUGAUUUCUGUUAAUUACAGAAUUUAAAAAGUAAA